AUGCAGGAACAAUCGGAGAAAAAAAUUAUCAACGAUAAGGAUUCCAGGGACAAUUCUUCCGGAGAUCCUUCCCCGCGGAAUGGAUCUUUCAGUACCGAUCGUGCGAGGAGUCGCGGAAGGCGUAGUAAGGAACCUCCGGGAAUCCUUCGACUCGACAGCACAUUGCGUUCUCCACGAUACAACAUCGCCGCUCCCCUUCUUGCGCCACAGGUGGUUCCAUCCUCUCCGCAACCGUCCGUAGACCGGCUUUCCGUAACAUUCGCCAUCGCCGACGAACCGAGCAACCCUGGUUCCCAGGAAGUAGUUUUUAGGGACCAGAAGUCUCAAUUGCAAUUCAUUAUCGAACCUUUACCUGCUCUGGCGAACAACAGGGAAGUUGAAAUGCGCCGCGUACCCGCAGUUGCAGACUGCGCGGAGGAAAUCGGCGAAGAAGACGACUACUCGGCAUCAGCCAGUGCCAUUAUACAACGUCGAGCAUCCCUAAGACGUCCCAGUAGACGAAAGAGACGAUCUUCGUCGCCGUUCAACGCGGAAACCGAGGGUGGAGUGAGGCGUCGAUCUUCUGCGUUCACGACUAGCUCCGGAGAAACGGCCAUCUCCGUCGAUGAAGGAGGUACGCAGGAACAGAUAUUCGAGAAUCUCAAACUGCACAAGGAGGUCCUGAGCGGGGUUAAGCAGCAGCCUUGGCCACUUAGACGCAAAAUAAAGCUGGUGCAGCAGGCCAAGUCCUACGUGAGGCGCCACGAAGGCGUUCUUCAGGAAAGGCUAGCGCAGAACCGAAGUACUCGUGACGUAAUUGCCCGGGCUUCUAUCCUGUUCAACAAGUACUGGCAAUAUUUUCGUCGAGAAUUCGUGAACCUUCAGACAUGGCUGAUACCGUGGGAAUUGCGCAUCAAAGAAAUAGAAUCGCACUUUGGAUCAGCCGUUGCUUCGUACUUUAUAUUUCUUCGUUGGCUCUUCUGGAUCAAUCUGGUCAUCGCGGGAACAUUAGCAGCGUUUGUAGCUGUGCCACAGAUGGUGACUGUCGAAAAGGAACACGAUGGCGAAAGGAAAAUGCCCCCUGACGAAAUUGAGAAGUCCAAACACUUGCUUACUCUCUGGGAAUUCGAAGGCGUGUUGAAGUAUUCUGCCUUCUUUUACGGCUGGUACACAAACCGGGACUCCGGAAGUGGUUAUAAUAUUCCUCUGGCCUACUUCUUGGUCAAUCUGGUUGUCUACAUUUACAGCUUCGUCGCGAUACUUCGAAAGAUGGCGGAAAAUUCACGAAUGAGCAAGCUCUCCGAGAAGGAAGACGAGUGCGGUUUCACCUGGAAACUUUUCACCGGAUGGGACUUCAUGAUUGGAAAUCCGGAGACCGCGCAUAACCGAAUCGCUAGCAUAGUCCUUGGCUUUAAAGAGGCGCUCCUGGAGGAGGCCGAGAAGCAGAAGGUUGCAAGGAAUUGGAAAACCGUGAUCAUAAGAACUCUCGUCAAUCUGUCCGUGGCGUUCUUACUCGCUUUGUCUGCUUGGGCAGUGGUUCUAGUUGUAUCGCGUUCUGAGCAACCAGAGGCGGAAUCAAGUUGGUGGAGACAGAAUGAAAUCACGGUUGUAAUAGCACUAAUAUCAUUCGUAUUUCCAAUGUUCUUCGAAAUACUUGGCAUCUUCGAGAACUACCAUCCCCGAAAACAGUUGCGUUUCCAACUUGCACGGAUAAUGGUGCUGAAUCUGCUUAAUUUAUAUUCUCUAAUAUUCGCCCUCUUCGGAAAGAUAAACAGCAUGACCAAACAGCUCACAGGCUUAAGACACAACGUAACGGAAACCUUGACGGUUCCAUGGAACUGUACAAGUCAACGAUUCUGUCAAGUAUUCUGCCCCAACUUCACGAUACCUGUGACUACGGCUGCUUCUUUAGGUCUUGGCAUCUUGACAACUAUGACUUCUCAAAACACGACCACUGGCUUAAUUACUACCGAUGGAAACCCCGCGGUUGCCCAAGCCUUGACGAAUAACGUCGGUCCGUUAACAGAUAACAUCAGUCUGACAGUCCUGGAAUCGAUAACGACAUCGAGUACCCCAACGACGACGUUUUUCUACGACUACUCCGACUACCAAACCAACGACACGGACUUUGAAGAAGACGAUACAGAAACUGGCCCCAACCCAACGGAAAAAGAACCUGCAGUUACGGUUAGGCUAAACGAUACCGAAGUUUACACUUUAACUUCAACUUCAACGACUGACGGAUCCGAUGAAGAAAUCUUAAAUUUAACCAAUUCAUCGACAACAUACUUAACGUCAGCUACUUAUUCAAGCUCUACGGUACACCAGAAUUCCACCGACGUCUUCGUCAACUAUACUGAAACCACAACGUCGAGUACUAACAGCAGUUUACCUUCCACCGAAACUUCCCAUGACUCUACAACAAGUGAUAUAACUGACAGGGAAUCUACUGUAAACGAGGUGACUGAAGCUCAUUUGGGGACCGGUGAACCGACGCGGAAGGAACCCAAAAAUUGCUGGUAUCAGUGCUGCGAGCCAGAGAAAAAAGAGAGAGAAAUAGCUUCACCUGUACCAGAUACAAAAACACUGGAUAUCGAGACGCGCAAAAAACUGCGCCGUUUAUGUUGGGAAACGAUGUUCGGUCAGGAACUGACUAAACUAACGGUCAUGGAUUUGGUACUCACAAUACUAUCCACCCUGGGUAUGGACUUUUUUCGAGCAGUUUUUGUACGGCAUAUGAACAACAUGUGGUGCUGGGACCUCGAAAAGCAGUUCCCACAAUAUGGCGACUUCAAAAUAGCCGAGAACAUUUUACACCUUGUUAACAACCAGGGAAUGGUGUGGAUGGGGAUGUUCUUUAGCCCAGGUUUACCGACCCUGAAUGUAAUCAAGAUCGGAAUCUUGAUGUACCUCCGGUCUUGGGCGGUUCUGACCUGCAACGUGCCUCACGAAAUCGUCUUCAGAGCUUCGAGAUCCAACAACUUUUAUCUCGCUCUACUCCUGACGAUGCUUUUCCUCUGCGUCUUACCAGUAGGCUAUGCAGUGGUUAGGGUUGAACCAUCCUGGCACUGCGGACCAUUCUCUGACCAGCCGAUAAUGUACAGUUUGAUCACAAAGAGCCUCAAGGCGACAUUACCCGCCUAUUUUGACAAAAUCCUGGACUACAUAGCAUCGCCGGGAAUUAUCAUUCCGUUGAUAGUGCUUAUGGCGCUAAUCAUAUACUACAUGGUCUCUUUGACAGGAUCUUUACGAGAGGCGAACAACGAUUUGAAGAUUCAGUUACGUCAAGAACGCACCGAGGAAAGACGAAAAAUGUUUCAAUUUGUGGAGAAGAGACAAGACAUUCAGGAUGCGCCGUUUGUUAGGUGGAAAAAAAUUCUUCCGAUCCUACCAACAAACAAGACGGCAGGGGUCGUCGUGAUUGAAGAGGGAACUGCUGCAAAUGUCACCCUACAACGUAAAGAAUUAAGGAAACAGUCCGCAGCCUCCGAAGCUGGUGAAGCGACUGACGUUGAACAAGACUCAUUGCCGCAUGAUCCUGCCAUGGUGAUGCCGGAAGUAGUCGUCGAAGUCGAUUCGAAGAACAAGAAACGCAUGAAACAGAUUAAAAACCGGAGUUGUUCGAGUGGUUCAGCAAGGGAAGGAGAUUCUCUGGGGUCACAGGGUAGCGAUUAUGGGGUAAUACCGAAAAUUCGUAUCAGCGGAACCGGAAGCAUGACAGAAAUUGAACAUCACUCAAGUCCCGGAAAAACUUCCGUCACUUCUGCAGACUCUCAAAGCCGAGUAAGGCCUUUGAAAACUUCGUCUUCUGAAGCGAAGCCUGAAGUAGAAUGAGGAAUUUUUC